CAAUAUUUUACGCUCCUUGUGCAAUGUUUCGCGUCAAUGUUGUGCAUUCUCUGAGGAAAUUUUGCAGUUUUAGCAAAGUGAACAAGGGAAAGUGUGUCCUUGAAUUCAAAGAUAUUCCAGCUGCCAAGGGAUUGCCUCUAAUAGGAACAACUCUGGAUAUUCUUGGAGCUGGAUCAGCGCCCAAAUUUCAUGAAUACAUCCAUGAGAGGCAUAAGAAAUUGGGAUCGAUGUUUAGGGAGCGCAUUGGAUCGCUCGAGUGUUUGUUUAUCAGUGAUCCAGAGGUGAUAAGGGAGAUAUUUCUGCAUGAAGGAAAAUACCCUCGACAUCCGAUACCCGAUGCCUGGAAGCUCUACGAAAGGAAGCACAGGAACAAGAGAGGAUUACUAUUCAUGGAUGGCGAAGAUUGGCUCUAUCACAGAAAAAUAAUGAAUACAUUGCUGCUGAAUCGAGACUUUUCGCCCUUCGUGGAUCCUAUUAAAAAUUCUGUGGGUCGUUUGAUGGCAAAAUGGGAAGCUUCAGAGCCAAUAAAACCUUUGGAAAAUAUCGAAUCUGACCUCUACAGAUGGUCUCUUGAAACAAUCAUCAAUCUCACGGUUGGUUCAUCUUACACUGAAAUCCAACCAGAGAUCGAGGAAUCCCUCGAGAAACUCUCAAGAGUCCUUCAUCGUGUCUUCAAAACUUCUGCUAAAUUAUUUCUGCUCCCUCCGCAAAUCUGUGAAUUCCUGGGUACGAGAUCCUGGCGGGAAUUUGAGGAUUCCGUUGGGGAAACUUUGGCAAUUGGUGCGGAGAUUAUCAAAAAGUGCUUGAGACUGAGUAAUCUCCAGAAUGGAAUAUUGCAGGAGAUGCAGGCCUUUGAAAUUCCACAGGAGUACAUUGAAAGGAUAAUUGUGGACUUGAUCAUAGCUGCUGGAGACACAACAUCAUUUUCAAUGCUCUGGUGCCUCCAUUUGCUGUCCAAGCACCCUGAUGUCCAGGAAAACAUUCGAAAGGAAGUUGUUGGAAGAGAUUCUGCGAAUGCAGAUGAAAUUCCCAUCCUCAGAGCAACAAUCAGAGAAACCCUGCGUUUAUUUCCUGUGGCACCUUUUGUGGGCCGAGUAGUCGGUGGAAAGGACACAAUUCUUGGCAAUUACCGCAUUGAUCAGGAAGUCAUGGGCAUUGUUUCACUUUACACAUCAUCCCGAGAUCCCAGAAAUUUUCACAAUCCCAAUCAAUUUCAACCACAACGAUGGAUGCGCUCUGAAGGAGCUUCUGAACACAAACCCCAAGCAUCCCUGCCAUUUGCCCUUGGGGCUAGAUCUUGCAUUGGUCAGAAGAUUGCCAUGAAGCAAAUGUGUGAACUUCUUCGGCAACUCCUGCAACACUUCCACCUGAAGAACUACACUGGCCCUGUCAAUCCUAUCCUCCAAUUAAUCACAGUUCCAGACAAAAAGAUCGAGAUUGGACUUAGAAAAAUUCAUUUGUAAUCAUUUUAUACUUCAAUAAAAUUGCAUUAAUUUACCGAAAA